UCACGUGGAAGAGAAAGAAGGCACGAAGGCCUGCCUGGUAAAACGCACUGCACAGAAUACUUGAAUGUUUAAUUCACGUUAUGUAUAUAGACCUAAAGUUAAAUCUAUAAAACUGGUCCAACAUUAUAAGCAAUCUUCCUUAUUCAAUGAUGGAGUGGAUUCAAGCACGCUGUCACAGUUGCACGCAAAUUAAGAAAAGAAAACGGUAGACUUCAUGGCGGGAAAUUCGGAACUCUUAAAAUGGCCACCAGUGGUCACAAAGAGGACUUGUGAGUGGUGUAGUAGUCCAUGUUGGAUGAAGGAUGAAUUCCCUCGGCUGUGCCAGCACCCUUGGUCACAGUGGCCAGCAGAUCUCCUGCUGGACCUGCARCACUGUGAGGAUUGUGUGUUGGAAUAUCACAGGAUAAGGGAUGACUUUGUUAGAAAUGAUCCCCAGAAGAAGAAGAAUUUAUGGGAAGGAGAUGUUCAGAGGUUAACUUUAUUCAUCAUGCAAGCCUUAUGGCCUUCUCACAAUGAAGAGGAAGAAGAAGGAAAUAAAACUACAUUAGAGCUAUUGGACAACUUUGAAAAAACACAACUCGACAUGGACAAUGUAGCACAGAAUCUGAACGUUCCUCUACUAGAGAUUUUACAGUUCCCUCAGUUACUCUUCAAUACUGGUCUGGCUGAGCUGUUUUUAAAUGCCAUAACAAUAUUACUAGACAAUGGUACUCCUCUCAUCCUGUCUGAGAAGUACCCUGGAAUCUAUGUGUUACUUGUACAUCCAUCACAAAAGAUAAGAAAAUGGGCUACCAAGACUACCCAGCGUCUAACUCGCGUAUCCUCAGACGAUCAUGACAUGAUCAAAGAUGCAAUUAAGUGGAUGGUUGGGGUCAUCACUCUAAAUAUGUUUGACAACGACAUCCUCUUGUUGGACGAGCAUGACAUCUCCUCUUCUGCUGCAUACCUCCCUUCUCAUCUUUGUGACCUCAAGUGCCCUUUAGAAUUCUGGAAAGGCUUUACCAAGUUGCUAUUAAGGCUGGAGGGAGAUGUACUUUGUUAUAAAGUCUUGGGUUUGUCUGGGUACCGAGACUUGCCUGACACUUUCUUGAAUGCAAUUGAAAACAAAGGCUGCAAGUCCUUGUUCUGGUCAGCUUUCACUUGCCUUGUGAUCAUCCUGGAAAGAUGUGGACCACGAAUCUGGCCCAUGGUUACUAAACAACCAUUGCAGGUGUUCGACAUUAUAACGUCCCACAGCGUGUACUGUGAAGAGCUUAAUAGGUACAAACAGGGUCCCCAGACAGAUGAACAAAAUGAGCAAGGAGGCUCACAGGAUAUUACUUCAGGUGACAUUCAGCGUGGUUCUACUAAUACAUCUAUUGGCUGGUUUCAACCUUUUGUUCUCUCAGUCCUUGACUAUGGUGAAGUGGCGGUGGAUUGUGUUACGAAAGUCAUUCAAUUUCUCGACACGCUUUCAGGUCAGAUACGCAAGAGAGACAUCAUUUUCAAGCUGUGUAAUAUUGUCUCUCGUGUCGUAAACAGUGGGAGAAUGUCAGCCCUCCUGCCUACAGCUGAUAUAUGGGUCACACAUCUAGUGAAAUUGUCCAGCUUGGAUGUUAAAAACCAGGAGGUAUUUCGCAACAUGGUUUUGCCUGCUCAGGAGAUAAUCUCUAGUAUAUUCACCAAAGCUGAUGACGGAGCUGGACGGUCAGACCUUGAUUUUACGAAACUUAAAUCAGAAACAGAAAGACAAAAUCUCGUUGGAAGUCUGCUUAAUCAUUUGAAGGGAAACAUAAAGAAACCUCCAAAGUGCAAGAAAGAAACCGGUUGCCAUACCAUGACUAAAAGUGUUUCCUACCUAAGGAAAUCCAAAAACCCUCUGGUGCUUUCUGCGCCCAAAGAUGUUAAUGAAGAUAUAGCGUCGGAAGAAAAACUAAAAACUUCAGUUCACUCCAUAUCGUCUUGUUCGAGCACAACUUCUGAAGUUAUGUCAGUAGUGUCUGUUAUGCCAUCAGGAUCGAUGAUCACGUCUUCGACUACAUCACUUUCCAAAACCGAUAAUACAGCAGCUAACGCAGGUGUAUUGGACAAGACACUCAACAAGCUUUCAGUAUCCCCUGACAAUAAAAACUCUUCAUCAAGAGGCGGAAUCGACGGCACUUUCUUUAAAGAAAAAAAUGUCGGUUCCUCAAAAGCGAAUCCCAUUUCUCUCGAUAGCGAUGAAGAAAUUGACCAAUCAGAAACAGAAAAGCUAGAAAACGAAGAAAAACAAGAUCCGUGUCAUUGCCCUUGUAAUUCUGCACAGAUGUCGGGAUCUCCUGAGAGUCAGCAGUUUUCUAUCUUCAAGAAUCGCUCACUCGAGAAGUCCAUUAAUCGUUUAAAUCGAAUUAGGAAAAUAGAAAACUGUCUAGAUUAUUCGUUUUUAAAUGCAAGUGCGUCCAAAGAUUCUCAGAAAAAAACUGCUUCGUCUGUCCCAUCAAGUUCUUCAUUGAUGGCUGCUCGAUCAAACACUUCUAGUCCUGACUCUAACUUCACUACCGGCACUAAAACCUCAUAUUCUGCUUCGAAUAUUAAUUUGUCUACUUUCCCAGAUAGAAGUACCAAUGAUGUGCGAUUGAUCAAAGAAGCAGACAACAAAAAGCAUGUUUGGAAACAUAAACAUUUACCGGUGUUAAUGCGGAAGGAAACUGAAAGUAGUGAUGAAACAGUCUCCUUAGAAGAUUCCGACGAUGAUGGUGUAAGAUGCCCCAAAAAGGGUAAAAAGUUGAGAAAAAAGCGCUUAAUCGGACGACGAAAGCGGCCUACAGACUUAAAAAGCAGUGACACGGAAUCAUUAGAGGAACAGAAAGAUAGUAGUGAAAGUGAGAUCGACUCUGAUGAACCGUUGGAAAAACUCCGUUCCCCUUCCAAAAAGGCACGACAUAAGGCAGUGUCCACUUCAACGUCAAAUAAUUGCAUUCAGGCUGAUCGCGAAGAAGCCAUGGUAAAAGAUAAAAAGAAGUCGGCACCCAGCUUGUCAGGUGUAACUUUUAUAGACGGAAAACGGCUAAGAAACAACUUGAAUAGCCUAAAAGAAUUUCUGAAAGAAACUAAAGUCAAAAACCAGGCCUGCGAAAUUCUCAAGAAAGAUAACAAGUCAAAAGACAUCAGUCCUGAAGGAGAAUCUCUUGAACUCGACGACUUGAUAAAGCUUGAGUCUGAAAGAUGCACCGAUGAUAAAACUCCUCGAAUUUCAGGAGUUGGUCAGGUUGAAAAUUUUCGCAUCUUAAAAACUGAACUUUUCAAGUCCCUGCCAGAUAGUAAUGCUGAACGGUUGGGCGAGUUUUCUUCUUUACGAGGGACUGAAGCAGGCUCGAAUGGAAAGUUGAUCUCAGAGAGUACAGCCAACGACAAUUUCUCUAUAAAAAAGGAAUAUACUUGCAAUGCAGUAUGUAAAUCUAUAAAACAAGUAAAUGAUACACACCCGAAUGAUACAAAAGCUAACGAGGAAGUUAUGUAUAAAUAUAAUGACAAUAAUACUGCUUCCUCUAUCAAUGUUUCCACAAGUCUUCAACAAGAAGAUCCAAGUGAAUUAUAUGAAAUUUCUCUCAAUGACAUAAGCAAUGCGUUGGAAAAUAAUGGAGGGUUUGAUGACGAUGAAUGGUACAAACAUGAAGACGAGUUGCUUCUCUCUGAGGAAGAGAAAGAAAAUCAAGAAAGAGAGAAUGUGCUCGAAGAACCGUCGGAGAGGGUUCUACUUGAGAUUGAAGAGGAGUUAAGUGACGAUCAAUUGUUUGCACCAUACUGCGAAAAGACAGAAAGAGGCCAAAAUCAACAAGGUUCUAAGUUGAUAAAUAUAGAAGCAGUUGCAAUAGCCGAAGAAUUAACAGAUGAAGAAUUAUAUACAGCUUAUAAAACAGGAGAUUUACAAAACUAUCAGGAAAACAAAAACAAUCUAAAACCUCUUUCCAACUUGGACAAGGGAGAUUUGACUCGUGAAGAUUUGAUUGAGGCAAAAAAUUUGCAAAAGUCGAAAAGUUGCGACGAUGAGAAAAACGAUGCUAUGGAAGAAAUUCAUCUGGAUUCAACCAAUAGGGAGGAGGAAGAUGGAAGAAAUUUAAACAAGGAAAAAAACAAGGAUUGCGCGAAAGGUCAUACUGAGUUAACAAUAGAUGAAUGUYGUUCUUUGAGCAGUCAAGAACGCAUCGAGUCAGAAAGGCGCGUUGCAGAAUUAUUAGCUCAAAUGGAUCAUAAAUAUGGAGAUUUGAGCUCGGAUAGCGAAGAAGGAUCUGCGAAGACGAGGGGAGAUGUCUUGCCAGUCUUAAAGCAUACUAAAGAUGGGGAAGGAAUGAAGGAGAAGUUGUUCGAGGAUUUGGAUACCGAGGACCUUUGGGAGGAUUACGACUGGGAAGGCGCAAAUGUGAUAUGUUCCCAGGGGAGUGUUAUCGAUUCUAUCCUAGAAGAUACGGAGUCACUAUCGAGUGACGAAGAGAAAACCAACGAAAGCCGAGAUCCUUUCCUAAGUCCAGUAGCUGCAAAGCUUGGCACUAAGGAUUUUGCACUAGCUGAAAGCAUUUCCGAAGCACAAGCCAAAGUUCCUACUUCGCCUACAUAUAAUCCCCUUGUGUCAUCGCGGCCCAUCUCUYCCACUGACUCUGUAACUGACUCUAGGACAUCGAAAGAUCCUUUCCAAGAAAAGCCAGCCGUUGUAGGCCCGAGUCCAAUUUUCAAGCCAGAUGCCAUGUUUGAAAAGAUUUUGUCUUGGCGCGUUUCGUGGCUUGACGCGCGUCGUGAAGAAAACGAACUAUAUUCAAAUUUAGAAAGAUUGGAGAAACUACCUAAGACAUUUGAUUCCAUGAAUGCUUACUGCCGCAGUUUUGCACCCAUUCUUGCGGUAGAAGCAUGGGAACAGGCCAUCAAAGAAUGGAAAGAAUCCCACCAGAAAAUGAUCACUGCAUUUGCGAAGGGUGUUAGUGUCAAUCAUAAAUAUACCACACUUACUGCUAUGUCAAUGAACGUUGGACACUCUGCAGUAAUAAACCGCACUUUACCUGAAGAGAGCCAGCUUGUCAUUUUAAGGUGUGAAGGAUUCCGAAUAUUUGGUUUAGUGGACAAGGUAGAACAAGAAGUGGUUCGAGAAAGCGGCUCCACGAGUGGUGGUGUUGGUGGAUCUAGUGACAAAAAAUAUAACGUAAAAUUUGUAAUACGAACAUUACGAAUGGCAAAUUUUCGCCCUCCUGAGUCUUCAGAGCUCGAGAUAACAGUUGUCGCAUCACUUCUUACCACCCUACGAAGAUGGUGCGGAUUGGUUAACUUUCACCAGAGCCUGUUAGCCAGAGACAUACUAAGGCCAAGAAGGCAGAUUUAUUUUUGUCAAAGCGAGAUUCCAAAACAAGUCAAGCCCUCAAAACUGUACAAUGAGUCUCAAGCAAGGGUCAUCCACACAGCAGCCGAGGCAGUACAUCAAGCCUACGCCUUACCAAGGAUCUGCCUGGUACAGGGCCCCCCCGGAACCGGCAAGUCUCAUACUAUCGUUGGUAUCGUAUCAAGUAUAUUAAAUCAUCCCAAGGCAAAAGAGUCAUCUCAAGUACAUUCAGAGUUGUUCUCAGAGAAACCAAGAAUUUUGUUGUGCGCUCCUUCUAACGAGGCCAUUGAUGAGCUGAUCAGGAAAUUCAUCCAAACAAAACCAAAAAGGGAAAACAUGGAAUCGAACAAAGAAAAUAGAAGAGCCGCAGAUAAGAAUAGAAAUGCUAAAGGUGAAAAUUUCAAUAACUGCGGAGACUUUUGCUUGAUUCGGGUGGGACGAAAGUCCAAGAUUAGCGAGUCAGUAAAGCACCUGAGCUUAGAAAGUAUGACUCGUCGUGAGAUGGGGAGACGGUAUUCUGGACCGGAAGAACACAGUGCUUGUAAUAUCAGGGACCAGCUAAAGCUGAUAGAAGAAUCAAUAGAUACAGUCGAAAGGAAGAGGUACAUUCUGACGAAAGAGGAAACUGCAACUGCAACUGAGGAAAACCUAAAAGAAAGCAAGCUACAAGAAUUAGAAAAGGAAACAUCAAAUCUGAUCUCACAGAAAAACGACAUGGAAAGGCACUACUACAACCAGAGGGAGAAGGAAAAAGGGCAGAGAAGAAUGGAAACUCGCAUUAAAAAGGAGAUAUUAAAUUCUGCCGAUGUCAUUUGUACUACUCUCAGCGGAAGUGGAAGUACUUCAUUGCUUAAUGAUUUGAGAGGAGUCAACGGGAAGAAAAUUCCAUUUUCGUGUGUCAUCGUGGAUGAGGCCUGUCAGUGCUGUGAGCUGGAUGUCCUCAUUCCCCUGCAGUAUCAUUCUACCAAGUUGAUUCUUGUUGGUGACCCUGAACAGCUUUCAGCCACAGUUAUCUCUCGAGAUGCCAAGCAUUUGUUAUAUGGAAGGUCUAUGUUUGACAGACUUUACAGAGUCUUUAAGCCAAUACGAAGGAACGAACGACCAGUCCAUCUUCUCAGUACUCAAUACCGAAUGCACCCAGAGAUAGCACUCUUUCCAUCCAAGCACUUCUAUAAUGAUAACAUCCACACGGACAGCUCUCUUGUAAAACGAGUUUUUCCUGUCAAGUUUCCCUACGCGCUCUUUGAUGUUCAUAGAGGAAGAGAGACGAAUGAUAACGGAGGGUCUAUAUCAAACGCAAAGGAAGCAGAGCUGGUUUCCUCUUUCUGUCAUUUCCUGGUCGUUACCCUUGGUCUUCAUCCAAGUGAUAUCGGAAUCAUUACACCAUACCGAACACAACGGGGCAAGCUWCAAGCUCUUCUUAGGGAGGACAGAAGAACGUGAUUAUCAUGUCUUGUGUAAGAACAGGAUGCAAUAUCGGAUUUUUAGAUGACACAAAUCGUUUGAAUGUGGCACUCACUCGUGCACAGCAUGCUUUGUUCAUCUUUGGACAUAUGGAUACCCUAAAGAAUUUUAGAGGCUGGGGAGACAUGCUGAAAGAUGCAGAUGCCAGAAAACUGGUUUUUCCUGUUGAUACUGGUCAUGAUGUCAUUCAAGUCGUCUCCAAGGCAAACCCUCCAUCUUAUGCUAUCAACCAUGUCCACCCUCACGCUCCCACCUUGUCAUCCUCAACAUGCUCAGUGGAAGCUCCCCAGAGUAAAAAUAAUCAUCCAGUUACAUUUCAUAGGUCUACGAGUUUGGUAGAAUCUAGGCCAACGUGCUCAGAGCCAAAACCUAAGUAUCAAAGGACGCAGAGCUUGGAAGAAACCUGCGUGCAAAGUAAAGUUAGCAACACAGCUUCUGCAAGGUACACGAACAGAGUUUCUGACCUUACACCAAACCCAUUACAAGAAGAAGACAUGUCUAAAGAUGUAUUAACAAGUAAGACUCAAAGCAACUUUGGAAGAAAAGAUAACCGGACAAAGAAUAACGAUGGAGAAAAUGAUGCUACAUCAACUGAGCCAAUUGCUGGGAUAAAUUAUGAAAAGACAGGUCUGCCUUCAAGUGUGGAUGAAAAUCGUACUGGAAAUCAAAAUAGCUUAUUUGAUCGUUUAAGGCAAAAAGCCGUCAAUGGUCCUCUAGGAGAUAGUUUUGCUUCCAGCAAAUUGAAUAAAUUCGAAGAUCCACCAACAAUCGAAAAUGCUGAAAAAUCCACAUCAACCCCAAAACUAUUGAAGUCCAGUCUUAAAAGGCCACUUGCUGAUAAGGACGAUGGGCCUAUUAAGUCAACAAAGAGAAUUCGUUUUGGCACUGUUGAGAUUAACACAGACGGAACCCGUCACUCAUAUCCAAUAUGUGACGAAGAAAAACGUCCAAGUUCACGUCACUUGCAAAAAUGCCUUGUCAAUAUGGAAAGGAUUCCAGAUGGAGGACUUCAAUACAAGAACCAAGAAAAAACUGGGAACCAGGUGAAUCGCACUCCUACAAACACAAUAAAGAGGCCUAACCCAAACAAACAAUUAGCGAGGGAAAAGACUACUGCUAUUGAUAAAGAAAGUCACAAGCAUGUAGCUUCAACUUGUUCAAUCAGUACUCAAACAAUCCAGGAUAAAACGUCUAGGGACACGGGAAAUGAGAAAAGAGGUGUCAGAAGAGAGGGUAAUAAAACGAAUGUGUCUUCAACGGACAAAUCAAAAGCUCCCAGUCACUCGAAAAAGGGUCUUAACCCAUCUUUCAGAAUGAAUGCUGUAGAUAAUCAAGGGCUUGACAGAGCUGCGGGGAUCAGUGCCUCAUGGCAUCAUAGAAAAACAAGAGACGAAACAGAGCUUAAUGAAACUGUCAACCGUGUUCGUGAAGCCCAACCAUUACAGCGUGGACCAGUUGUUAUUGAAACUCCAUCAGGAUCCCGUGGGGGUAGAGGAGGAAGAUUACAUGUCCCCUCACAUGUCUCUGAUGAAGCAACUGGARAGCCAACUGAUUCCCUCAAGAAUUGGAAGCCACAUGGAGGGCCUAGAAGUCGAACUGCUCAAAGUAACCCCUCUUCCGUUCAAAACAUACGUCAACGGGCUGUUCAGCAGGCCACAACAGAUAACAUUCAUAGAUUAAGAAGACAAAAAAGGACCUGCCCUCGACUUGGAGAUAUUCAUCCCAAAAAGAAGAGAAGGUAGACAAAUGGAAUUACGAAAUUUAAAGCUGUUUCUGUUUGCCAGAGUUAAUGAAAACAGCCGUAAAGUUUGAAAUUCAGGGUUAAUACUGGAACAUUCACUGUAAAUUCUAAAUGCAUAUUUUUAAUUAUUGAAAAAUAAAAGUCAAACAAUUGCCAAGUAGAAUA